AUGCAGCCUCCUCUUCCUUCGGUGACUGCCACCUGGCAUAACCAGUCCUAUGAGGCGAUCUCGCCUACACGGCCCGAGCUCAGCGCUCAAGGCAAGACGGUGAUCAUUAUCGGCGCUGGUUCGGGAAUCGGUCGCGCCACAGCUGUCUCGUUUGCCCGUGCGGGAGCCAGUAAACUCGUCCUCAUCGGGCGCAAUGAAACCAGAUUGGUCGAAACGCAACAGUCGCUCGCCUGCUCGAGUUCGAUCCAUGCGAUCAGCAUCACCGAUGAGGCUGCCUUAAGCGAGGUGGCCACCAGCGUCGGUCCCUGGGACGUUCUCAUCCUCGCGGCGGGCUAUCUCUCCGACCCAGCGUCCAUCCGCACCUCGUCUACCGAUGACUGGUGGCAGAGCUUCGAAACCAACGUGAAAGGGCCCAUGAUCGCAUCCAAGGUGUUUCUUCCGACCGCCCACGCGACCAACGCCGCCAUCGUCGCUUUGACUUCCGCCGUCGUGUUUCCCACCCAAAUGCUCGUCGGGUUGUCGGCGUAUGUGUCCUCGAAGCUGGCUCUCCUCAAGUUCGUGGAGUUCCUGGCUGCGGAAAACCCCAAUCUGUUCGCGGUCUCUGUACAACCCGGCAUGGUGGAGACGGACAUCUUCAGGAAGUCGGGGGCGAAUGCCAGCUUAGUCCCUGUGGAUCAGGUCGACCUUCCUGCCGACUUUCUGGUCUGGUUGACCAGCCCCGAGGCCACAUUCUUGAACGGUCGUCAAGUAUGGUCCAACUGGGACGUGGAGGAGCUCAAGAAGAAGGCCGAGGAGAUCCAGUCGGGGUCAUUGUUGACGGCAGGGAUCUACGGCUGGCCUUUCCAGCCUUGA